GAUGAGGAAGUUCUCUGCAGUGGCGUUUGGAACUUCGGCGGCCGUUCUCGCGUUAUACGUGGGAGUGGUAAUUGGAAUGACGGCAUGGCACGACAACCACCAAGAUACCGGUAUCAUCGUAGACGAACCGAACUCGAACGAGGGUGUCGACGCCGGAUCGCAGGGAAGUCAGGGGGGCCGAGCGUCACUCCCGCCCAAAUCGCCAGGCGACUCGUUCGCGAACGAAGAAGAUCGCAAGAGCGUCGCGGCAACAGUGACCCUGCACACGCCCAAGCGCAAGAAACUGGCCUCCACGCGCGGAGGCGAUGACUACGUGCCUCGUGCAACGGUGGGAGCCGACGACGUCGCGAGUUUCGAAAGCAGCGAAGGACGUGGAAAGCGCCACAAGACGAAACCGAAGCGCACACCGAAGUUGCUUACCGAUGAUUUGUACGUCGAGCCCACUGGGACAGCGACGUACGUGCGAAAGAUGUACAUCCCCAGGAGGAGGUCCAGCACCUCAUCUGGCACGACCGUCGGCUUUAACUCGGAAACGAGCUCGGACGACGAACCGCGACUUACGUCGAAACGCCGUCCGUCCACGCAUCAACGUGAUACGGAUGACGUCACCGCGAAUGACGUUCCGUCGACAGUGUCGGAAACGGCAGACUUCUCGCCGGAGACUGAUUCAAAGAAAACGAAGACGCGUCGGCUCUUCGUUGCGGCACCCACUUCCGAUGUCACUACGGACGCCGAGCCGACGUCGCCUGCGCAAGCGAGACGCGAAGGCCCACCCGAACUUACUGGCAACGACUCCAACGCCUCCACCAUCGCGGGGAACAAGAUGACCACGGGCUUGAAAGCGGCCAGAAAGGUCGGCAAGGUUGGGACAACAGUAACGCCUUCUAUCCGUACUAAGCACGACACAACGCGAAAGGGCACCACUGAGUUGACCGCAAAGGCACGGUCUAUACGAUCCGGACAGCAGACCCCACGGACUCCAGCGGUCACUGGUGCUACCGUACCGGGACGCAAAAUAAUCGGCGCCGGCCAAAGGCAAAACUCGACUCAUGCUGUCACAGGUCUUACCGUACAGGGACGCAAAAUACUCACUGCCAGUAAUAGUCGAGAUCCGACGCCGGCAGUUACAGGUCGUACCAUGCAGGGACGCAAGAUACUCGGUGCCGACAAGAGGAACAACUGGACUGUCGCAGCUCCCACCAUGAAGGGACGCAAAAUUCUCGGCGCCAGCAGGAACAACUCUAGGCAGGAUACAAACGCCAGAACAGUUAAAGCUUACAGCAUUAAUCGAAAUGGAGCGUUCUCCAAAGCAUUGUGAAGUCAUCUGCAGAGCAGAACAAUUGCCGCUUCUCUGUCUUCCCGUUAUCAUUGUUCCAGAUUCGUAGAAGGUUAGCUUUGCAAUAUGUAAAUAAAUGACCCCACCCCCCUCAGACACGCGCGCACGACUUCCAUAAGCUCGGUUUACUUGUACAUGGCGUCAUUAUAGUGUGAGUUUGUGUACGUGCAAUGCACUAUGCAUUUGUUAUAUACGGAAUCAAGUACGGACUACACAGCACGGCGAGCAAGCCCGACGAGAAUUAGAUCGUUCAUUCGUAAUAUCCUCAAAUGCCACAAAUAACGAAUAAAAAUGUUUUACACGUGCGCAAUGCAUAAAGCUGUGAUACUGUAAUGUUACUGGCUGCAUUGUAUUUAGAACUACUACUGUUUGUCAA